UGGCUUACGCUUUGGCAGUUGACACGAAACUGUCGCUUCAAACGCUCGUAAUACUCGACGUCUGGCAAACGUAGUACACAUUCUGCGCAUUUGUUUUGAUACGGUCUCUUAUUGUUACAAAUCGACAAUUCACCAGACAUUUCGGGUACAAAUUGCACUCGAUUUGCGCAGACACUUCGCAACCCGACGACCCUGCCACCUUCCAGCACAUCGCCUUGUAAAUGCAUCUCCUUGCAAUGGACAAUGUUGUCUGCUACGCUUUGGCCACGUGGCUGCUGUUAAUGUGGAUUUACUUUUUGUGGUCACGUAGACGUUUUUAUCAUGUAGCGUGGCAGUUGCCCGGUCCCGUGGGUUUGCCAUUUAUUGGUUUAGGAUUGAAAAUGAUGCAUCCAGAGACUUUCUUGCAGUUUAUGGAAUACACAUCGAAACGGUAUAUUGCACCCUUUAUUUCAUGGAUGGGUACAAGUUGUUUUCUUUACGUUAAUGACCCGGAAACAGUGGAAACGAUUUUCAAUUCUCCGCACUGCACGAACAAAGGCGAACUCUAUCGUUUUCUGGCUGCAGCAAUUGGCGACGGACUCUUCACGUCCAGCUCGCACCGCUGGAAUAAGCAUCGUCGUCUUAUCAAUCCAGCUUUUAGCCGCCAAAUUAUUAACAACUUCCUGCCCAUUUUCAAUGCGGAAGCCGAUGUGAUGCUGAGAAAAUUCAGCGCCUUGGCCACGACCGGAACACAGUUGGAAAUCUAUGAGAUGUUGAAACGUAACGUUUUGGAGGCAGCAUGUCAGACUACAAUGGGUAAACGAAUGAAUUUCGAAAACGAAGGUUCGGCGCAUAUCUUCGAAGCCUACAAUGGCAUCACCGAGGUGUGUGUGCGCCGCAUGCUGUCGCCCUGGCUUUAUCCGGAUUUGCUCUAUCACCACUCGUCGCAGUUCGUGCGCCAGCAGCAGGUCGUUCAAGUGCUCUUCAGCUUCAUUGAUAGUCUGCUACAGCUCAAAAAUAAUAAAUCAGAUGCAAAUGGUAUAGGGCAACAACAAGUGCAACAACAUGCCUCAAUGAAUGGAAAGCAAAGUGAAAAUUGCUUAAAGUCUGCUAAUGAGAGUGAGAGUGUAUUUGGGCGAAAGCAUAUAAUUGGUAAAGUGGGUGUGGAUGCUUCAACGGAUGUGGAUGCGGAUGCAUCAGCGGCCAUACGGAAGUCGAAAGCCAUAUUUGUAGAGCAAGUUCGUACGCAUGUGGAGCAAGGUCAACUGUCGUGGGAGGAUGUGCGCGCCGAGGCGAAUGUCAUCAUAGCGGCGACCUUCGAAACCACUUCGACAGCUUUAUAUAUCGUUUGUUUGUGUCUCGCCAUGCAUCCCGAAUACCAAGAAAAACUGUAUGAUGAACUCGUCACAAUCUUCCCAGAAAACGAACCACCGGUCGUUGACUAUGAGCACCUGGAACGAAUGCCUUACACCGAGAUGAUAAUUAACGAAGCGCUACGUCUCUACUCACCCGUACCGAUGGUGCUACGUAGCGCAGCCGAUGAUUUUCGUCUACGCAAUGGCGUACUUAUACCGCGUGGCACACAAAUCGGCAUCGAUAUUUACAACAUGCAACGCGAUGAACAUAUCUGGGGACCAGAUGCGAAACAAUUCAAACCGGAAGCACACUUCGGACCUAAUGCGGCGAAACGGCAUGCUUUCGCUUUUAUACCUUUCACCAAAGGAUUACGCAUGUGUAUUGGUUAUCGUUAUGCGCUGAUGCUGAUGAAGGUGUUCGUGGCGAAAAUAUUUCGACAAUACCGUUUGAAGACCGAAGCAACACUCGAUCAGCUAGUUGUUAAGGGUACCAUAUCGCUGAAACUGGCCGAAUAUCCGUUGUGUCAGUUGAAGGCACGCAGCAGUUGAGUGUUUAGGAUUAUUAUUCGAAGAACUAUGGUGGCGAGAUUGGAGUAGGGUUAUAGUGUUUGCAUUAAAAGUAGCAAAAAGCGAGCAAAUAGAGAGCGAGCGCUAAGUUCGGUGUUGGUUGUCUUAGUAAAAAAAAAAUGUAUGUACAAACAUAUAUUUUUUUUGUUUUUUAUUAAUUAUAUUUAUUUAUUUUUAAUCAAAAUUGUUAAAAUUGUUGUUAUCCGUUAUCUGUUUGUUUUUGUAAUAUUCACAAGCUGCUUUUCCUUACGACUACUCCUACAUUUGCGCUUAGCGUUUACUUCCUUACAAUAUUUUUUUAAUUUUCGGGUUUUUCAUUUUUAUUUUCGAAAUUCUUAAUUUUUUUUUAUUUGCUGUUUUGUGGACUUUUCUGCUUUUCUGACAACAGUUGAGGCAUGUGAUUAAGUAUUAGUGUGUGCACAAUUUUGCAAUGUGAAUUGUUGUUGUAGAUUAAUUAUAUGUAAUUGCUCAUUUUUAUUUGUAAGUUCAAUUAUUUUUUUGAUUAAAUUUUUUUUCAAAAUUUUUCUGCUCAUAACGACUAAACCUGUUAAUUUUACUACGUUGAUUGAAUGAAUUUUAUUUCAUUUAAAUUUUUUUCCGCUUACACUACUAUUUUUAUUUAAUUUUGCUUAAAAAUAAAAAAAAUAAAUUCAAAUUAAUUUUGGCUGGAUUAAAGCUUUUUUAGGAAGCCAAUUUUCUUACAGUUUGGGUUACGUGUUGUCCAAAUUUAACGGUGUUUACGGUAGUUUGCGUUUAAAUAUUUCUUUAUUAAAGUAAAAAAGUUUCCAAGCCUUUGCUGAAGCUUAUUUAUAAAUAUAUGUUCACAACUAUAUACAACUUAUCUUAUAUAAAAGAUUUUUUGCUUUGAAAA